UAAUAUUUUUGAAAAAAAAAAUUCGAGUGAAACUAACUGGUUUUUUGUAUCAUGGAUCAGGCUCAGGUGGCUUGAUUUUGCAUUCUGCAUUGAGAAACUUCCACGCAGUGGGCAACUAAGGCAACAAACAAACCAAAUAACUUCGUCGCCAUAGGUUCGAAAGAGAACAUCGAAAGUUUUGCAAGCAAAAAAGAUAUUGAUUAAUGGAUGCCACUAAGCAGCUUGGUAUCGGAAAGGAGCAGGCGAGAACAGAGCAUAUGGCGCGUCGAAAUUUCCAGAAAAAAUGGUCCAAACUCGCCGAUGAAAAGUUGAAUAAAUUCUACAAUCAAAAUGAGAUCAACCAGCAGCUGAAAAGUACACUAAGAAAACAAGAUCUCUGCCCAUACGUAUACACCGGUAAGGGAGAUUCAUAUUUCCUAUCACCGGAUAUGUACAAUUCGUUGCUAGCGAAAUGUCGCUGCGGUCGUAAGCGUAGUGAGACACAUAUUUUGAAAUGCCUACAAAAAGCAGAAAAUUCGAACAGUCAAACAGCCGCGGCCGCAAUCGCAGUCAAUGAUGCAGAUCACGGUCAAACCGCACGAAAUGAAGGUGAAACUAUCAGAAGCUUGAGCAAGAAACCUGCCGAUGUUUUGUCAUAUCCAAAAACCUCAAAUUCAUUAAUUGGUUGGCAAAAGCGUCCUUCAAGCUACAAGCAAUGGGAGAAUUCUAUGAGACACAUCUCGCCAAUCGCCACCAUGACUCAGCCACGUCUCACAGCCACAUCAUUUCAUAUUCUACAUAUCGCCUAGAAUGGACCCUAUAAUUGUUUUAAUUGCGGAAAUUAUAAUAACGGCAUUUUAGAUAUGUAUUUAUUCAAUAAUCUAAUUAUUGUGAAAUAUAUUUAGCGGUUUUAAAAUUUAUUAAAA